AUAUGUCCUCGGUGGUGAUUGUCGUCAGCCACACGUGUUCCACUGAUUUUUCUUCAAGAACCGAUUGUAAAUGGGUUUUUUAAAGUUUUGAGAUUUUUUCUUUUUUCUUUUUUUUUUCCGAAUUCUUUUGUUGUGACAAUUUAUUGCUUGUGUUUAUGAGUAGAGUUGAGUUUUCAUUCUUGUGGCGGGAUGUUGGUGUAGUUCUUAUUUUGUUACGAAUUCCGGGGGGAGAUGCGAGGUCGAGGCUGGUUUUUGUCGUAGGUAGGGAGGUGGAGAGUGUUUGAAGGUGUGAGAGAUAGAGAGAGUGAGGGAGGGAGGUUUUGGUUUUUCUGGAACGGUUGUGCGCAAUUUCCAGAUUAGGCUGUGUCGCUAGUGGGCUGCGCUCGUUUAUGUAUUAAUCUUAAACGUGAUAUUUGUCGUAUUGGAGAUCACACUCGAGUGUUGCGGACCUGACAUAAUUCCUCAUAUUUUCUUUCUGUGUCCUGGUGGAAGGACAGACUGCCUCAGACAUUUCCAUAAGUUAAUCUUGUCAUCCAAGCCGUGCAAUUAUGAUGAGAUUGUGACUUGCUUGGAUACUGUCUGAUCUGGAGUCACUCAACAAUCAUUUUGUCACGAAGAAAUCAGCAGUAGCAGAAGAUACUCUGCUGAAAGAACCUGCUACUUCGCGUAAAUGAUCUAGUGUGAUUUUGUCUUUCUUGCGUUGUUCGGCGAGAAUUGCCAUCUUGUGAGGAUGGUUAGGGAAGUGUAGAGUUGCUUACCCGGAUUGAUGUAGUCGCCAUGGUAAAUAUCCUCCUCCAACUGAGAUAGGCACAUGAUAUCCUCGAGAUGUUUUCCGGGCCUGAGAUCUUUAUUCAGAUGGGCCCAAGCAUGCUCGCGGGCAUAGCUCGAUCAAUAGCUGGAUGAUCCUGUACAAACCUGAUAACAAGGUUGGAGUGAUUUAUACUAUGUGAGGCUGUAGAUUUGACGGUUACCCGAUCGAAAUAUCUCGCGGUGUUGUGCAAUGUUCGUAUGUUCGUUCUGGUCCAUCAGUUCUACAUGGUUUUGAGUUGCCCAAUGUUUUCAGUAUUUUUGGGUAUGAAAACAACGCUAUGAGCUAGCUACUUCUUUUUAAUUUGUUUUACAUACCUUUAAAUUUUCUUUUGUUGGGAGAAUAAUAUUAGAGGGCGCUGGUAUCAGUCAGGUGUGUGCAUUUCGGACCCCUCAGUUUAUUUUUUUUCUGAUUGUAUCUGUUACCAAACCAAUUUUAAUUGCAAUAACAUUAUCUGCAGAGUUGCGACAAAUUUUAAGGAUGGUUCAUACUUUCAUUUUAUGGUUUAGGUUGUAAUUUUGUACUGGAGUCUUUGAUUGUGGAGUGAUUUUCCACGUACCUCUAUUAGCAGAUGACGUCUUAUUGCACUUACCUGGAAAAUGAGGGAGGUGUUCUGACCGUCAUUACUACUGUGUAACUGUUUUCUUUUCUCGUAGUUCUUAACUUUUGAAGUUUGACAAUUGUACCUGACACUUUCUGGGACCGAGGUGCACUUAGCCAAGCUUGUUAAGUUUGAAAACGAAGGUCCACACAGAAAUGCUAGUGAUUUAGAACUCGGGGUGUUUGCAAGUUUAAAUUUGCAAGCAAUAUGUGGAUGUGGACAAUGUUUCAAUCUAUUUAGGUAAUGUGCUGACGUCAAAGAAGCCAUUAGAAUUUGUGUGUCCUGGUUCUUGUCACUGGGUGGCCAAUCGAACCUUUGUGCUUUCCCUGAAGACAAUAGAACAUAUAAAAUUAGACAUGUACCAAUCAAAUUAGUAUGAACGAGUUAGUCGUGAGAAGUUUCUCAUUUUCUCAGAGAUACCUCACCAUGUCUCUUUUCAGUUAUCUUUUCAGUGAUUUCCAGAAUUUUUGGAGUAUCCCUUUAUUUUAUUAUGAGAUUUUUGUCACUCCACAUCUUUCAAUUGGAGAAACUAUCUUAGUACAGCAGGGCGCAUAUGAUGAUGUCGACUCACUCAGAUGGAAACACUUUGGGCCUCACCAAGCACACACCCCCAGAUGUCGCAGAGAUGGACAUAAGGGCACAUGAUGGGGCUCUGUAUGAAUGGGAGGGAGAUGUGUUGGCACUUGGUGUUUUUGAAGAAAAUCUCACUCGUUCUGAAGAAAACAAAUUCCUUCAUCCGGGCCUUGCCGAGCUUGACUAUGUGAUGGGCGGAGUGUUAGGAGAAUUGGCAGAUGAAGAUGACUUCACAGGGAAGUUGGGACAACUUUCAGUGGUGCGUCUAGCUUCAAGCAAGAUUAAAAGGCUUGCUCUUGUGGGAUUGGGACGAGCAAAUAAUGUCAUGGAUGCUGUGUAUGCUUCUGAUUCAUGGCGUAUUUUAGGUUUUACUGCAGCUCGAAUUGCUAAACAGCUCAAGAUGUGCAGCAUGGGACUGGCAGCCAUGGAUACAAACCUCAUGGAUGAGUCCUCGAAACUCGUGGCAGUGGAAUCUAUUGCGUCGGGUGCUAUUCUCGGCACAUACGAAGAUACACGCUUCAAGUCUGAGGUGUACAGUCUUAUGGAUUCGAUGUUGGCUAAAUUCGAGAAAGAAAGAAUUAACCUGGAGAUGCUCUCAAUCGCCGCUUCACGUAAGGCCAAACCAUCCAAGUUGACGCAGGUGGCAGUGAUGUCACUAGGCACUGGAAGCGAUCGAGAUGAAGCACUGCGGCGGGCAGUAUGUAUCACCGCUGGAGUUAUUGUUGCAAAGCAACUGGUAGCUGCUCCUGCCAAUGUGUUGACUCCAGGUGCCCUUGCUGAUGCAGCAGUGAGCAUUGCUAUGGCACACAGUGAAGUGUUGACCUGCACUAUUCUGGAGAAAGUAGAUUGCGAGGCUCUUGGAAUGGGUGCAUUUCUAGGUGUAGCGAAUGGUUCUGAUCAACCACCGAAGUUCAUUCACUUAAAGUACUGCCCCCCAGAUGGUGUUGUGUACAAGAGGGUGGCCAUUGUUGGUAAAGGUAUCUGCUUUGAUUCAGGAGGUUACAAUAUAAAGACGGGUGCUAAUUGCGCUGUGGAACUUAUGAAGUUCGAUAUGGGCGGAGCAGGUGCAGCUCUCGGAGCAGCCUCGGCUAUAGGUGCCCUUAAACCGAAGGGAGUUGAGGUUCACUUUAUCAGUGCAGCAUGCGAAAACAUGAUCAGUGGCAAGGGCAUGCGGCCUGGAGACAUUGUGACAGCUAUGAACGGCAUAACAAUUGAGGUUAACAAUACAGAUGCAGAGGGCAGGUUGACUCUUGCUGAUUCCUUGGUUUAUGCCUGUCGGCUUCGUGUAGAUGCGAUUGUGGACCUGGCAACCUUGACCGGAGCAUGUGUAGUAGCUCUCGGACAUGAAGUGGGCGGAUUUUUUACACCUAGUGCUACUAUGGCCCAGCAGUUGGAAACAGCUGCACAGAUUGCUGGAGAGAAAAUCUGGCGGAUGCCACUUGUUGAACAGUAUAAGCAGACACUCGAGAGUCCCAUCGCUGACCUCGUGAAUACAAGCGGUCGUGAUGGAGGUAGCAUUAAGGCAGCACUUUUCUUAAAAGAGUUUGUGGAUCCAGGUAUGGAAUGGGCGCACUUGGACAUAGCUGGACCAGUAUGGAACCGCAAAACUGGCACCGCAACAGGGUACCCAGUCCGGACACUGGUAAAAUGGAUUGAUCAACAGCAGAUCGUUGCUGGAGUUGCUGACUCCUGAUAUUCAUUACGUCCUUUCUGACAGUGCAAUGUGAAAUACUUUGUUCCACCCCGAAUCUUGGGUGUAUAGGGUAGUAUUGCCAGUCCUCAUUACUACAUGAAUAUUGUUGUUAAUAUUGAACGAGGACCAUCAGACAGGCUACACAUUCUCUACAACAUUCUUACUAUGACUAAUAAUGUCCGUUCAUAGUUGCCCUUGGGCAAAUAUCGAAGUUAAAGACGUGGGUAACUCUCGUAUGCCAUUACCUUGAAAACUACUGUCACAUCAAGGAUUAGUAUAGAUCAAUAUUUUAGGAGAAAGUAAAUCUAUUCUUAAGCUUUUGUCCAACCAAAUGCCUAGUUCAGUUAUCAGAUGGUAUCAAUUGGCUCUUUUCAGAUUAUUUGUUACA